AUGCAUUUUUGAUUCGAUAGUAUCUGUCUUUCGAGCGAUUAUUGACGCCUGUGGUAGCAUAGACACAAACCAAAUAACGAUUUACCAGCAUUGCAGAAAAAUAGAUGUUCCGUAAUUUACAUCCACUUUAUCAGUUGUCGCUAGUGCGCGGGAGAGGCCGGGGGAGAAACGAGAAACGGGCAUUCUCGGGCUUCUCUUUGAUUCCACGCUCUACGUUCGUUUAUCGUGUACGCGGUGCGUAUCGCCCGUGGGAUUUCGUGAGCUUUUCUCACUUCUUGUAAUCCGCUGUCUGGCGGCGACAGGAGAGGAGCCUCGUAAUUUCGACGUGUGCCAAUCUCGGAUUCGCGGUGUCGCUUGUCCUCGUGACGUUUAGCAAGGAACCCGACCAUGGAAUCGACCGAUCAACAGCCGAUCAACGUUGCUUCGAAUCCCGCAGCUCCAGAAACAGCGGAAAGUAUCAAAGAAUUGGCAGAAGAAAAAAAGGAAGCUGCUAAUCAGUUUUAUGUACAAAAACUAUACAAGAAGGCAUUGAUUGGUUAUAAUGAGGUUAUUGGAUUAUGUCCUAACGUAUCACGUUAUUAUGGUAAUAGGGCAGCAUGUUACAUGAUGCUUGGACAAUACCGAGAUGCAUUGAUGGAUACUAAAAAAUGUAUUGAAUUAGAGCCAAAUUUUUCUAAGGCAUAUGUAAGAAUGAUCAAGUGUUACCUGAUUUUGGGAGACAUUCUUGAAGCAGAGACUGCAUUAAAGAAGUUGCAAGAAUUUGAUCCUAAUAACGAAUCAAUACUUGCAGAACAAAAUAAUAUAGCAUAUGUAAAGAAAUUCCUUACAGAUGCUGAUAUUGCUUAUACUGCUGAAGAUUAUCGCAAGGUUGUAUAUUGCAUGGAUCGUUGUUGUGACAUAAGCACAUCAGGGAUACGUUUUAAACUGACCAAAGCAGAAUGUCUAGCCCUUUUAGGGAGAUAUCAAGAAGCCCAAGAUAUUGCAAAUGAUGCUCUACAUAUUGAUAAGCAGAAUGCUGAAGCAUUAUACAUUCGUGGAAUGUGUUUGUAUUUCCAAGAUGAUGUUGACAGAGCCUUCACACACUUUCAACAAGUGUUGCGACUCGCACCAGAUCAUGCCAAAGCACUAGAAAUAUACAAAAGAGCAAAAUGUUUGAAGAAAAAGAAAGAAGAAGGUAACGCAGCAUUUAAAAGGGAGCAAUAUCAGGAGGCUUAUAAUCUUUAUAAUGAAGCGCUAACAAUUGACCCACACAAUAUCAUGACAAAUGCUAAAUUGCAUUUCAAUAAGGCCACAGCGGCAGCUAAGUUAGGAAAAUUGAAUGAAUCCGUAGCAGAAUGUACAGAAGCUUUAAAACUCAAUGAGAAUUAUUUGAAAGCUCUUAUAAAAAGGGCAAGUAUUUAUAUGGAACUCGAAGAAUAUGAAGAAGCAGUCCGUGAUCUUGAAAAAGCCUGUAAAUUGGACAAGAAUACUACUCGUGAAUCAAAAAGAUUACUCGCAAAAGCUAAAUUGCUGUUAAGGAAAUCUAAGAGGAAAGAUUAUUAUAAGAUUUUGGGUAUCGAUAAAAAUGCAUCUACUGAAGAUAUCAAGAAAGCAUAUAGAAAACGAGCUCUGGAUCACCAUCCAGAUCGCCAUGCUAAUGCUAGUGAAGGAGAAAAAAGAGAACAAGAAAAGAAGUUUAAGGAAGUCGGAGAAGCUUAUGGUAUUUUGUCGGAUCCCAAGAAGCGAUCCCGCUAUGAUCGUGGUCACGAUCUAGAUGACAAUGAGGGUGGUUUCCAAGAUAUGGAUCCGAAUACAAUGUUCCACUUCUUCUGUCAAGAAGGAGGCUUUCAGUUCCAGUUUCAAGAUGGUUUCCCCGGUAGUGCUUUUCAGUUCCAGUUUCCAGGUUAACAAUGUUUUCAAAAAAACACAUAUAUCACGGAGUAUAUGAUAUACAAGUCUGUUUUGGUAGAUACUGCAUCCGAUUUUUGAAUAUUUAAGCUCGCGAUGCAAUGUAGUAUCAUUUGCAUUUUGUAACUUUGAGAUUGUUGAACGUAGGCGUUUGUCUAAGCGAUUCAUAUAUACAUAUUUAUUUAAACAUGACAUACAGUUGUAUAUAUAACAUUCACAACCUUAUAUAUUAUAAUAUGCGAUGCGAUAUUCGAGAUAUUCGAUUUAAGGAAUUAAAGAAAAGAACAUUAAGGUUAACGUCGAAGUACAACAGGCAAUUUCAAGGUCUGAAAUACACUCGUACCUGACGAAACCUUUAAAGGAUAAGUAAGAAAGAACAGUAAAUAUCUUAGAUUGAUAAAUGAAAAACAUUCUUAUUGAGAAACUUAUUUUAUUUUUUAAUUGAAAUUCUGAACAACUAUCCACGCAUUGUUAUUGCGGUGUAUUAAUUAUUGAAAAAGAUCCGAAUUUUAAUUUUUACUUAUUUUACCAUUAGUCUGAGCUGUUUUUGAAAAGUCAAAGAUUUAUUUUAACAUUAUUAAUCGAGUAAUGUUAAAAGCGAAUCAAGUUUAAUAUGUAAUCAAUGAAAUAUUGUUCCACAAUUUUUAUGCUCAUAUGUAUAUAUAUAUAUCUGUUAGUUCCAUGCCUGGUUUUAAAAAUCAGAGCACAGUAUGACUAUCAUUGUGACAAUUGAUUAAAACAAUAUAAACUAUGAAUUCUAUAUCUUUGCGAUAUUUGCUUGAUGAUAUAUGACGUUUACAAAGUAAAAAUUUCAAUAAUAUAUUGUUUCCAGAUUUUAAAACCUAUAAUGUAUUCAUUCCACAGAUCUUUCUACAAAUACAUAAAUUAUAAUAUC